UCAUCCUUCACCCCCUUCGUUACGGAGUCACUCUACCAAACUCUAAGGAAGUACAUGGUAUCAACUCAGAAGGAUGAACGUUCAGUGCACUUCCUAGACUUUCCAACUGUAAGGGAAGAGUAUUUCGAUCCCGAUAUUGAACGUCAAGUCAAGAGAAUGCAAACUAUCAUCGAACUGACAAGAUCGCUAAGGGAAAAACACCAACCAUCCCUUAAGGUCCCUCUCAAAGAAUUACUUGUAUUCCAUCCUGAUCAAAGCUUCUUUGACGACGUUAAGCCCUUACAACCAUAUCUGGAAAGCCAGCUCAACGUCCGAGAAGUUAUUUUCACAACAGACGAAGCACGGACAUGUGUACAAUAUAAAGCGACUGCCGACUGGCCUACGCUGGGCAAGAAACUACGUAAAGACAUCGGAAAGGUCAAAGCAGGUCUACCAAAGUUGACUUCAGAGGAGGUCAAGGCCUAUGAAACGACUGGAGAAAUCGUCGUCGAUGGUAUACCGUUAACGAAGGGCGAUCUUGUUGUCAAUCGAUACGUGGACCUUCCUGAGGAUGGCAGCUAUGCUUCUAACAGUGACAACGAUGUUGUGGUGUUGUUGGACAUUCGCACAUACCCUGAGCUAGAGGCGGAAGGGUUGGCACGCGAAUUCAUAAACAGGGUACAAAAAUUACGCAAGGAAGCUGGUUUACAGGCUACAGAUAACGUGGCUGUCUAUUACGACUUUGAAGAUGGUUCCGGGCUGGAUUUACUGGCAGCUAUCGUGAAGCAUGCUGACACGAUUACAAAGGCGAUCAGGGCAGCUCCAGCAGAUGUACAAAAACGACCAACUGAAGCCGUCAUCCUCAUCGAGAGAAGGCAAGAGAUAGGCGAAGUCGGCUUCCAUCUUUCAUUGACUAGGCAGUAG